AUGGACGACAAACCAUACAUACAGAAAUCCGCAGAGAUGCGAGAGACUCCCUCACCAUCACCAUUAGAUACAAACAUUCCAUCACCAACCUCAGAUCCAAAAUCUUCAACAACAGCAUCUAGAAGGACUUACGAUACAUCAUCUAGACCGACCGUUAGGAGAUUACAAACAAAUCGAACAUCUUCUGCAACAAAUAGUCCAAUAGGAUCACGGGAAUCCUCACCAGUCCGACCUCAACUAAGGAACACCACCUCUGCCGCUCGCUCAGGUACCCCCUCCAGAUCAAGGAAGAAUAGCCAAGACAUUAGUCCUUCACGAUCAACCAGUAACCAGUAUCCACCAUCUGCGGCUGCGAUACAACGAGUAUUAUCAGCUCAAAAGACUCCUCAUUUCAAUCACGUUGCAUCCGAAGCUUCCAUUAGAACACCAAUUCCUCAGAAGCCGCUAGUAACGAGUGAAGUAAGAGAUGGUCCACGUUGGCCUGUAUCCCCGAGAAUAAGAUCCCCCCCUCCAAGACAGAAUAGCUUGUUAUCACCACGAAGGACCGAACCAGACUUUCCCGCGAUCAAUGUGCAAAGAACCUCUCCCGCCGCAGAGCCAAGAGUGGAAGGAAAAUCUGCCGCAGAUAGUGAACCAGAAGAGAAUCUGUUAACACCAGGGAUGAGAACACCUGCGAGAGGUGUGAGUGGUGGUAGUUCAACGUUAGAAACCGUUCAAGAGAUCAGUCAGCCCAAUACUCCAUCAUUCGAACUCGAUGGCGCAAUCGAUGGAGGUUCUCAUGAGAACCCGACUCUACCAACAGGACAAGACCUAAUGGAUGGCGCAUCGGUGGACGUACUCAAGAAGCCGGUGAUUAUAACAACAAAUGAGAGUGGGAGUGAGAGUGGUGGGAAGGGAGACAAUAAGAUGAAGAACAUUACUCCUACGACAAGUCGACCUGGCCCCCCCAAAUCAUUUAGUGGACCAUCAGCCGGGCGAGGGAAACCAUCUGGAGAAGGUUCUGUCAAAAAUAUGACCGUGGAGACGGAGACGGUGAGCUCCAUUCCACAAAUCGCUCUUGCUACCGGCGCGGGAGGAUUAGGAGCCAAUGGAAGCUUGCGGGCCAAACAAAGUACCGAGACCAUUCGACCUAGGAGGGACAAGAAGAAAAGUCGCAAGGCCCCCUCGGUAGCUUCUGGAACGGCCUCUUCCAAAGCAGAUAUCUUCGAAGCCAAAGUCGCGAGCGCCGUUGACGAAGCGAAUUCCUCCGAUUCCGAAGAAACCUUUGUUUACGAAUCGAAUCCACCAGAACAAGAGAGACCUCGUCGAUUUCAUUCUCGAACCCCAAGUGCUACUUCCAUGGCUAGUCAAAUAGAUGCAAGAAAUGGAUUGCGCUCAAUGAUGGACAACGGUAGUCAUAGUGUGGCGAUGAAGAAGAGUAUGAAGUUCGCAAACUCCUCGUACAACAGUGCACCUCAAGAAAUGUCAACGGAAGACGAUGGAAAGGGUACAUCACGGAGUAAUCUAGGCAGAGGGACGGCACAUCAUCAUUUCAGUCGCUGGGGCCGAAAUGGAGGCAACGGUCAUGCAUCUCUCUUCGAUAACGAAUCACCUUUUCCUAAUGCCGCGAAAUCGAAGUUUUCAGCACAUCCUAGCCGACAAGGCUCGAGACCUACAAGUCCUAGAGUGGUGAACUCGGCGAGAAUGUCAAACGCAAAUGGCAAGAGGACCUCACCCAUCAGUUCGGGAUAUGAUCUUGAUGAUGCAGCGGACGAUGAAAGAACACCACUUAUUCCGUCUACAAUCCGUUCGGCCCGCUCGAGUCGCAUACGUCGUGGGAACGCCCCAUCAUCAAGACACAUUGAACAUCAAAGACAAAGCCGCUCAUUCUUCGCCCGUUUUGCUGGAUGCAUGUUCCUAUCCUUGUUAAUUCUCCUUGUUGUGGCAGGUGCUGUUGUGUUCUUGUUUGCGACAACUCAACCACUAGCGAAUGUGAAAGUAUUGGCUUUGAAAAAUAUACUAGCCAGCGAGCAAGAUGUGAUUAUAGAUUUACAAGUUAUUGCCCAGAAUCCAAAUCUGGUUGCCGUCACUAUCGACUCCAUGGAUAUGGUUAUCUUUGCAAAGUCCAAAUACGCUGGAACCGAUUCUGAAUGGUGGACACAGCCUUCUGGGAGGAUAUCAUGGAGACGUGGAACCAAACAAAAACGUGAUGAUCCAAUUGAUGAUCCACCGGUGGACGAUGAUCCAAAUACCAAUCCAAACUUGGAAAUUGGACACAUUUACGAUUUCGAGAGUCCGCUGAUAUUUGAGGGGUCGCCAUUUCAACGUAUAUCAUCUGUAUCUGUUGGUGAGAUGCGAAUACUAAAACCUGGCAACCAGACGGAGCCACGUGGAUCGGAACGUUGGGGACGAGUUCUUCAACAUGAGUUCGAACUCAUCGUCCGAGGUACGCUGAAAUACACACUUCCACUUAGCUCGAAAGCCAGAAGUGUAGGAGUAGAGGGUCGGGUCACAGUUAAGCCAAAUGCAGCUGAUCAAGAUCCUGACAAUAUUCAUAUCAUUGACGGGACUCAUCACUUGUUCGAUUAG